AUGGAAAUGACAAGUGUGUCCCUGAAACGAGGGUGCCUUGUUGUGGAAGAUAAUGACAGCGUGACCCCACAAGAGGAGACAAAGAAGCAGAAGGUGUCCGAGGGCUGUCUGACCAGCAGUCAGGAUGGGAUAGAGAAUGACGGUCUACACCACAGUGAGAGUGAGCCUGGGGCUCCAGAAGCUGAAAGCGCUGUGAAAGAUGGCAAGAAUUCCAGCACUCGGGUGCAAGAGGAGGAAGUGGAGGAGGAGGAGGAAGACGGCCUUUCAGAGGCAGGGGAAGAGGAGGAACCGGAGAGUUUUGCGGACAUGAUGAAGCACGGGCUCACUGAACUUGAUGUGGGCAUCACCAAGUUUGUGAGUUCCCAUCAAGGCUUCUCGGGGAUCCUAAAAGAAAGAUACUCUGACUUUGUGGUUCACGAAAUUGGGAAAGAUGGACGAAUCAGCCAUUUGGAUGACUUAUCUGUUCCAGUGGACGAAGAGGACCCUCCAGAAGACGCUCUCACUGUCUUGACCGCUGAGAACAAGCAGCAGUUGGAGGAGCUUCAGCUUUUCAAAAAUAAAGAAACCAGUGUUGCCAUCGAGGUCAUUGAGGACACCAAAGAGAAACGAACCAUCAUCCAUCAAGCCAUUAAAUCUCUCUUCCCAGGACUAGAGACAAAAACAGAGGAUAGAGAGGGGCGGAAAUACAUCGUAGCCUACCAUGCAGCUGGCAAAAAGGCUUUGGCAAAUCCAAGAAAACAUUCUUGGCCAAAGUCCCGGGGAAGUUACUGCCACUUUGUUCUCUACAAGGAAAACAAAGACACCAUGGAUGCCAUCAAUGUCCUGUCCAAGUACCUGCGGGUAAAACCAAACAUAUUCUCCUAUAUGGGAACCAAAGACAAAAGGGCUAUCACAGUUCAGGAGAUUGCUGUUCUCAAAAUAAGUGCACAAAGACUUGCCCACUUGAAUAAGUGCCUGAUGAACUUUAAGCUCGGGAAUUUCAGCUACCAGAAAAACCCUCUGAAGUUAGGAGAGCUUCAAGGAAACCACUUCACUGUUGUUCUCAGGAAUAUAACAGGAACUGACGAGCAAGUGCAGCAAGCCAUGCUCUCUCUGAAGGAGACCGGCUUCGUCAACUACUACGGCAUGCAGAGGUUCGGGACCACAGCCGUGCCGACGUACCAGGUUGGAAGAGCAAUUCUACAAAAUUCCUGGACAGAAGUCAUGGAUUUAAUAUUGAAACCCCGCUCCGGAGCUGAGAAGGGUUACUUGGUGAAAUGCAGAGAAGAGUGGGCCAAGAACAAAGACCCCGCCUCCGCCCUGAAAAAGCUCCCCGUGAAAAGGUGUGUGGAAGGGCAGCUGCUCCGCGGACUUUCACAGUAUGGAAUGAAGAAUAUAGUCUCUGCGUUUGGCAUAAUACCAAGAAACAAUCGCUUGAUGUAUAUCCAUAGUUAUCAGAGCUAUGUGUGGAAUAACAUGGUGAGCAGGAGAAUCGAGGAGUACGGGCUGAGGCCUGUGCCCGGGGACCUCGUUCUCAAAGGAGCCACAGCCACCUAUAUCGAGGAUGAAGAUGUUAAUAACUACUCCAUUCAUGACGUGGUGAUGCCUUUGCCUGGUUUUGAUGUUAUCUACCCCAAACAUAAAAUUAGGGAGGCCUACAGGGAAAUGCUUGCCGCAGACAACCUUGAUAUUGACAACAUGAGACACACGAUUCGAGAUUACUCCCUAUCGGGGGCCUACCGAAAGAUCGUCAUCCGGCCUCAAAGCGUCAGCUGGGAAGUUGUUGCAUAUGAUGAUCCUAAAAUUCCACUUUUCAACACGGAUGUGGACAACCUAGAGGGAAAACCACCGCCAGUCUUUGCUUCUGAAGGCAAAUACAGGGCUCUGAAGAUGGACUUUUCUCUUCCUCCUUCUACUUACGCCACCAUGGCCAUUCGAGAAGUGCUCAAAAUGGACACCAGCAUCAAGAACCAGACCCAGCUAAACACAAGCUGGCUGCGAUGAGAUGGGGCAGGCCUGCCUCUGACCUCCUGCUCUGGUCUUUUUUAAGUGCUGACUCAUGUUUGGAAUUUGAAACUUUUAUAGUAAAGGAUUAUUUGUAUUUUGUAAA